AUGGAGGAAUUACUCAGAGCUUGGUUGAAUGACCAGAGGAAGUUGGAUGGUUAUGCCCUUAUUCUCGGGAACACUGUUUUCUUCUCAAAGCAGUGGCAUGUUUGCCUUUCCCUGGAAUCUGAUGUGGUACUGGUACUGCACUUUGAAUUCGCUUUGGAUUUCUUUAUAUUAUUGGCGUCUAGUGAGUUGAGUUUAGUGCCAAGUAACUCGCAUAAACACUAA